CUUCUUUCCCUUAAUUACUCUUCAUUUCCAUUUGUUCUUCUAAUUGCUUCCCAGUCCUCUCCGUCGCUUGAGAUUAUAGACAGAGAAGAUAAAGCUCUGAAUUUGUCAUGGACCGAUCGAUCUUUUCCUUCUCCAGGCUCCAUUCAUUCUCAUAGAAUCAACCUUACCCCCAUCACAUUGCCUAGGGCUUAUCAAAUUGCUUUCUUUAAGCUGGAGUUUCAUGGGUUGAACUCAUACUAUGAUGGGCAGCUUCCGUGACGAAGAAUAUCGAUUCUUUGAUGCCCAUGAAGGCAUGGCAUCGGCAUCUGAUUGCCUUAUGUCCUCCGAUUCUAGUUUCGGUGUUGAUAAUGGGGUAUCAACUAGUUUCGAAUACCAAGCGUGGACUAAAAUCCCUCAAAGCGUUCAAGAGCGCCGUAGUAAAUUCUUGAAUUGGAUGGGGGGUUUGAACUCGGAUCAAAUGGUGUCGGAGAAUCAGGUAGUUGAAUGCAGUGAUCUGCGUGAAGAAGAGAUUGACAGAAUUACGAAGGAUAGUGGAGCAGUACUGAGGACAUCAAGCUUUGAAGAUGAGUUUACUUCAAGCCGGUCUUCCAUGUCAAGUUGGGCCAAUGAUGUUUUUGAUGUGCCGGAAGAAUGUGGCUCAAAUGUAUGCAGAAUUGGGAAUUUGGGCAGUGGAACAGUGUGUAGUGUAGAUGAAUUGGGGAAGAAAGGUGAGCAGCCUAAACUUCAAGUAUUGGGUGUGGACCAAUUGGUGCUGCCUGAAGGGUUUGAGAACAAUUUUGAUUCAUCUCCUGCAGUCCAGCAAUCUAUGCGAAGAGAAACUGAGGUUGCUAGCAAUUUAGUGGGGACGAAGAAUAGAGUUAAGAACAAGUGGUUGAGUAGACUACGUUCCAUGACACGCAUUGGAGAUAGGCAAGGGGGAGCUAAUAAUUUAAGACCCACUCACCCCAACCCUGUGCGGAGGGCUAGGGUUCAAAGAGUUAAGGUUCGCCAUUGCAGAAAGCGGUGGAAGGAACUCUCUGCUCUAUUUAUAGGGCAAGAUAUCCAGGCACACAAAGGUUCAAUUUUUACAAUGAAAUUCAGCUUUGAUGGGCAGUUCCUUGCCAGUGCUGGUGAAGAUUGUAUUGUGCGUGUGUGGCAAGUGGUGGAGGACACAAGAUCAAUUGAAAGUGACAUUCCAGACAUUGAUCCUUCGUGUGUUUAUUUUACCGUGAAUCAUCUUUCUGAGCUGGCACCCCUCGUUGUGGAGAAAGAGAAAUCUAGCAAAUUAAAGAACCUAAGAAAAACAGAAGACUCAGCUUGUGUCAUCUUCCCCCCAAGGGUUUUCCGGAUAUUGGAGGAGCCACUACAUCAGUUCCAUGGGCACAACGGUGAGAUCUUAGAUCUGUCAUGGUCGGAGAAUAAUUUUCUGCUUUCAUCAUCUGUUGAUACAACUGUUCGUUUGUGGCAAGUGGGAUGUGGGGAUUGCAUUAAAGUUUUUCAACAUAAUAAUUAUGUGACUUGUGUUCAGUUUAACCCUCUGGACAGUAAUCACUUCAUCAGUGGUUCCAUAGAUGGAAAAGUUCGAAUUUGGGAAGUUACUGGUUGCCAAGUUGUUGAUUGGACAGAUGUAAAAGAUAUUGUCACUGCCGUGUGUUAUCGCCCUGAUGGGCAGGGCGUGGUUGUUGGCUUCAUGACAGGGACUUGCCGCUUUUAUGACAUAUCAGAUGAUCACUUCCAACUGGAAGCUCAGAUAUGUUUACACAGUAAGAAAAAAACACCAUGCAAGAGGAUAACUUGCUUCCAGUUCUUCCCGCAAGACCCGAGUAAACUAAUGGUCACUUGUGCAGAUUCACAAGUCAGAAUUCUUCAUGGGAUUAAUGUGGUUGGAAAAUAUAAGGGCGUUCGUAAUACAGGAAACCAACUUUUUGCAUCUUUCACUUCAGAUGGAAAGCAUAUAGUCUCCACAUGUGACGAUUCUAAUGUAUACCUAUGGAACUGCAUUAAUCAGGAAGAGCAUUCUCUGUCCCAACCAAAGAUAAUUAGGUCUUGGGAACGCUUCUCCACCAAUGCAUUGAUCGCUAUACCUUGGUCUGGCUUGAAAUCUGAAAAUUCAGGAAAUGGAUGGCAACUUCCCGCCUUAGAUGAGUCUUCACUGAAUGCAUUGCCUUUACCUUCACCUACUCGUUUCUUUCUUGACCAGGAGUUUAUUUUGGAGUCUUUUCCCAAGGGAUCUGCCACAUGGCCUGAGGAGAAGCUGCUUAGUUCAAGUCCACGGGCUGUGAAAACUGCACUGCAUAAAUCUCAAUAUAAGUUUUUGAAAUCUUCUUGCAAGAGCACAUCCAGUUCUCAUGCUUGGGAUCUGGUUAUUGUUACUGCAGGCUGUGAUGGACGUAUUAGAUCAUUCCACAAUUAUGGUUUACCGGUGGCACUUUGAUAUCCUAGAUACUUGCAGAGUUUUGUAGAAAAUUGGCAAUGAUUUAUUUGGUUGAGCAUUUUGCUUUCCUUAGUAUGGGUUAAAUGCUCUGCAAAUUUAUUGUUGGAUGGGCUGGCAUAUAAAAAGUUAAUUUUGGCAGCAUCAAAACUCCUUGUCGGAUUUGAUUAGUUCAUUGGGCAUCUGUAAUAUGGAUGAUUUUUUAGGAUUUUCGGUUUUCCAAUGGGCCUGCUCUCAUGUUAGGUCAUGACGGGUGGCAACAGUUCCCAUGUACUAUAAUCUGGCCAUUUGGUUCAUUUGAUGGUGGGUCUGCCACACAGCUAGGAUUGUGUUAAAGUUGUGUUGUGAGGCAUGCUUCUUUUGCUAAAUGGAGGGUUCAUCUUUUCUGCUCUCUGCAGAAGUGUUGGUAAUUCAUCUUUGAUUGUGGAUCUCAUUUUUCUAGUCAAAUCCUUUCUGCUUCCGUUUUUUGGGAAUCCUUCCUGUUCUUGGGGAAUCCUUCCUGACUGGCGUGCCGGUAAUCUCUUUUGUUUCACUAACAGAGUCCAUAAAUGUGAUCUUUACAUUUUGCAUCUUACUAUGCAAGUUUUGGAGUUACUAGUGGUUUGAAUUUCAAAUUUUAGUAUGUAUUUACUUGUAUUUUGGUUAUAUGUACAUAAAUUCCCUAGUGCAUUGGCAAAGGGGGAAAAAAAUUAUAAUGUAGCUUUUUUCCCAUGUAUACGCUACAGCUUUAAAAGUCAAUAAACAAAAAAAAAGAGGGAUCAAGUGAGAAACUGGCUUGAGCCUUUCCACUGUUAUGGUUUCAUGGA